ACAACUAUGAUCAAUCGAUUAAUUUUACUUGAAAAAAAAAUUCAAAAUCUGUCGUGUCCUUCGAGGAGAAACUUGUGUUCCCUACCAUUGUUGUAAUUUUCCCGGAUCCUUUUCAUCCCUGUCUCCACAUCGUAAUUAUCAGGGUUUGUCGCAGAGUCACCCAACCAAAAAGCUGAGAAAAAACCCUAGAAAAUCUGGGUUUUCUUCCGGGUGAAUCGUCAGAUCUGAGGUUCCAGACUGGUGGGUUCUCUUAUGUUCUGUCCCGCGAUUGGUUUCGCCGCAUUUCGAAUAUUGCAGGACAGGAGUGCUUCUAAAUGCUCAUAUUGCUCUAUUUGCAGUUGCCACUGGAUUGUGGUUGCACUGUUGGCGAUCAAAGUGGAAUGGCGUCGUAGAUGUAAUUAUGUGGAGAAGUUCUCUUGGACCGGUUACGAAGAUAUGAGAUUAGGAAGUAUUAGUUCUACUGGGUCAGGAUAUAAUCUCCAUGAAAAAUAUAUUUGUAGAUUUAGAUUAGUGAUGUGAGAUUUCCACGGUUUUGAUUUACAUAUGUUACGCCGUCUUGGAUGGUUAAUUGGACUGAGCCAAAGAAGUCGGCAAGCAAAGAAGACGCUCGAUGCAAAACCUUAUGUAGCCAGGGUUAAACCAGUGCUAAUGAUUGACACGGUUCAAGAAAUCGCUAUCUAUAUCCACAGGUUUCACAACCUAGAUCUAUUCCAACAAGGUUGGUAUCAAUUGAAAAUCACCAUGAGAUGGGAGGAUAAUGAUAACAAAUCCAGCGGAAUUCCCUCACGGGUUGUUCAGUAUGAAGCUCCUGAUAGCAGUUCCGGUGAUUCAUAUGGAGUGUGGAGGAUCGAUGAUAAAGAUAAUAGUUUCUUAACGCAGGCCUUCCGCAUUAAAUAUGCAAGGCAGGAUGUUCGUUUAUGUACGAUGAUCACCUUUACUUUGCCACUAGAAAAAUACCAGGGGUCAGCUACGUGUGCGGUUAUAUUAAAGUUUGAGCUUUUGUAUUCUCCGAGUAUGGAGAAUGUAUUGGCCAAGCCUCUUGAUGCUUCUCCUGCUGCAGUUCAUGAGUUCCGUAUCCCUCCUAAAGCUCUCACUGGAUUCCAUUCCUACUGUCCUGUCCACUUUGACGCCCUUCACUCAGUUCUUGUCGAUGUUAGUGUCCACAUCAGCGUGUUGAAAUCUGCUGCUUACAGACGGCCUGCAAUUCAAUCGAGUGAUGCAAGUAAUGGUGAGAAGGUAACUGGUGGCAGUGUUCAAGCUUCCAAUAAAGAACUUGGUCAGAUGGCUUCUGCUGACAAGAAACUGGUGUCAUUUGUUAAAGCAUUACUUAGAGCUCGGGACAUUAUGCUCGAAGAAAUGCAAAGACUCAGCAAGGCAGCUGGUCAAGCAAUCGACUUGACCGAGUUUAUAUCCACAAUGAACGAUGUUUUGUUAUUUGAUUCUGCGCCGACGGGGAAAUCGGUUGAAGAUGAAGGUUCGGGACAAGGCAAGGAACAAGUCAGCCUUGAGAAACUGAAUGGGUGUGAUUUACAAAGUGAUGGCUGGCUUUGUAGCUUAACAAAGGAUCAUCUAUCUCGCCUAUUCAACUUGCUCGGCGGGCAGCUACAAUAUCUGUGGAGCGCAUUUCUGUCAUAUCACCGGGAUAAUAAUACAAGAGUAAUGGAAUAUCUUCAUGAUAUCUGGACCAAGGAUCGAAGAGCUGAAUGGUCGAUAUGGAUGGUGUAUUCUAAGGUCGAAAUGCCUCAUCAUUUUAUAAAUAGCGGAAUGGACGAGUCUUCUCAACAUGGUGUGCACAAGAGGGUCCCGAGUUUGUUGAAGUCAAACGAUCCUGCCCAAGUAGCGGCUACCCGUGCUGAACUUCAUCGUCGAAGUAUUGCACAGAUGCGGAUUAAUAACCGGUCGAUACAAGACAUGCAUAUAUUUGGAGAUCCCAUGCGGGUUCCUAUCGUUAUAAUCGAACGUGUUUGGAAUGCACCAAGACGUACUUUCAGCGACAAUUCGUACUUGAGACAUGUGGAUAUGAUUGAUUCUAGCUUACAUUACGACGACGAGAUCAGGAGAAAGAAAUCCGGAAGUAAUCCGACACAAAUUGGCCGUGAACUAAAAGUCGUCAUUUUCGUUCAUGGUUUUCAGGGGCAUCACUUGGACCUAAGGCUUAUCCGGAAUCAAUGGCUUCUUAUCGAUCCGACGAUAGAGUUUCUAAUGUCGGAGGCAAACGAGGAGAAAACUCACGGGGAUUUCCGGGAAAUGGGACAGAGGCUGGCACACGAAGUCGUGUCUUUCCUCAGGAGGAAAACGGAUAAAUACGCGAGAUACGGGCGUUUGAAAAACAUCAAGCUGAGUUUUGUCGGGCAUUCCAUCGGUAACAUAAUCAUCCGAACUGCGAUAGCAGAUACGUCGAUGGAGCCGUACAGGAAGUUUCUACAUACGUAUUUAUCGCUGUCGGGUCCACACUUGGGUUAUCUGUACAGUCCAAACUCGUUGUUCAAUUCAGGACUGUGGAUCCUGAAGAAGCUCAAGAACACGCAGUGUAUUCAUCAGCUCACCCUCACUGAUGAUCCUGAUCUCCGUAACACUUUCUUUUACAAACUCUGCAAGCAAAAGACGUUGGAGAACUUCAAGAGCAUAAUCCUCCUAUCUUCCCCACAGGACGGGUAUGUUCCGUACCAUUCGGCGAGGAUCGAAUCGUGCCAGCAAGCAUCGUUCGACAAUUCGAAGAGGGGAAUCGCGUUCUUGGAGAUGCUGAACAACUGCAUGGACCAAAUCCGAGCUCCGUCCCACGAGAGGAGCAGUCAGCAGCAGCAGAGGGUGUUCAUGCGAUGCGACGUGAACUUCGACACGACGACGUACGGUCGGAACUUGAACUCGUUCAUCGGACGAGCUGCUCAUAUCGAGUUCUUGGAGUCCGAUCUUUUCGCCCGAUUCAUAAUGUGGUCUUUCCAAGAUAUUUUCCGUUGAAUUUCGGGUUUUCAAUUUAAUUAAACCGAGAUUAUCAACGCCGGGAAGAUCUUUCGGGAUAUAUAUAGAGGUUACGAGUUGUUGUAUAUUAUUAGUAGCAUGCAAAUAAAUUUUUUUUUUUGGUCAAGAACUCGUUAGGGCAAGGGCAGUUCACUUUUUUGUUUUUUUAAUUAUAGUUUCAGACAGCAAAUAUGGUAAGAGAAGUGCUAACUUGGACAUUGUAUUAGAUUCCUUUCCUAUUGUAUGGUUAUGGAGAUGAUAAAUUA